CGACAGCGGCGCCGGGGCACUUUUUUUGUCCGAGCACGUCGUCCGAUCUCACCGGUAGCCUUAAAAAGCUCAGGACAGCGCGACAUCAGCCGUCUUACCGUGCUGCACCACCCGCCGAGUCUAACAGUUCUCUCGGCGAAUUGGAAGCGAGCAAAUUUCCCAACCAAUUUUUUGAAACAAGCAUAUUUGAGGAGUAGCAACCUCCUCAGGGCCUGCCAACGCCGAGGAACAACCACCAUUCUACGUAUAGGGGGGUAGGGACCUCGAGAAACAACGCCAUGCUCCGCCUCGCCGCCACAAGAGCAGCACCGGUCAUCGCCACCGGCGCCGUCGGCGCCUGGGCCGCCGUCACGACCUCGAACGACGACUGGGACGAGUACUUCCCGCCGGCGCCGGCGUCGACGGACCGCGAGCGCAUCGUCAUCCUCGGUUCGGGAUGGGCCGGUCUCAACGCGAUGAAGAAGUGCGGCGGCGAAGGUAAAGACAUCACCAUCGUAUCACCGCGCCCGCACUUCCUCUACACGCCGCUGCUAGCCGGCAGCGCGGUGGGCACGACGACCCUCAGAAGCGUGUGCGAGCCUAUUAGAGCGGUCAUCGAGAACUCGUGGACGACCGACGCGAAAUUUAUCAGAGCCGACGCGCGGGCCAUCGACGCGGCGAAGAAGACGGUGAGCUUAAAGACAGGUGAUGGGGAUAAAAACCUGGAGCUGCCCUACGACAAGCUCGUCAUCGCCGUAGGAGCCCAACCCAACACCUUCGGAAUUCCCGGGGUGCAAGAGAACGCCUUGUUCCUCAAAGAGGCCGAAGACUCGGCGAAGCUCCAUGCGCGCCUCCUCAGCAACUUAGAGAGAGCGUCUGCGGCUCUCGCAUGCGGCGAAUGCAACCAGGUCGUGGACGCGCUGCUGACCGUGGUCGUCGUCGGCGGCGGCCCCACGGGCGUGGAGUUGUGUGCCGAAUUAGCUGAUUUCAGGAAAGACGACAUAGCGAGGAGAUAUGGUGAUGAAAUUGCGGACCGCUUCCGCAUCGUCCUCGCGGAGGCGAUGCCGCGGGUCUUGGGACCCUUCGACCCGCAGCUGGCGGAUCUAGCGAGAACGCACCUGGAAACGCGCGGCGUCGAGGUGCGGGAAAAGUGCGCGGUGACGGGGGUCACUGCUGACGCGGUGACGUACCAGCCGUCGCUCCCGCGGUCAGCCACGGCCGAACAGAGGCUGCAAGCGGCGGCGGAAGCCAAGACCGAAAAAGUUGGUGCCUUGGUCUGGGCGGCGGGCAUCGGUGCCAGGCCCGUCGUGAAGAAGCUCGCCCAGCAGUUGGGACAGGGCGAGAACGCGCGCGGGCUCAAGGUCGACGACCGCUUACAAGUCCUCGGCGCCGACGGCGUCUUCGCGAUCGGGGACUGUGCCUUGUCUGGCAACGCCCCGACGGCCCAGGUCGCCGCCCAGCAGGGCAAGUAUGUUGGAAGGGCCAUCCGCGACCGCUCGGAUAAACCAUUCGAGUACAAGCACGCCGGAAGCUUAUGCUGCCUCGGCUUCGGCAACGCGAUUGCUCAACUCCAGCCCCAACACCAGGCGUGGAGAUCAUUACACUCGGCGGCGAACACGAAAGUCGUGGGAGAAGACCAGAGGGCCGUGACGGGCGCGCCGGCGUUCGCCUUAUGGCGCGGCAUGUACUUCACGCAGCUCCUCUCGCCGUCGACGCGCUGGAGCGUUUCCGCGGACUGGAUCCGCACCUCGCUCAAAGGCCGCGACGUGAACGAGCCCGUGCUGAAGCGCACGAUGACGCCCGCGGAGUCGGAGUAGGCGCCGCCCCGAAUUGUUUUAUACUAAGAUGUCAAGUAGCU